GAGGUCUGCUCGUUCAGUGUGACAGGGUCGAGGUCUGCUCGUUCAGUGUGACAGGGUCGAGGUCUGCUGGUUCAGUGUGACAGGGUCGAGGUCUGCUGGUUCAGUGUGACAGGGUCGAGGUCUGCUGGUUCAGUGUGACAGGGUCGAGGUCUGCUCGUUCAGUGUGACAGGGUCGAGGUCUGCUGGUUCAGUGUGACAGGGUCGAGGUCUGCUGGUUCAGUGUGACAGGGUCGAGGUCUGCUGGUUCAGUGUGACAGGGUCGAGGUCUGCUGGUUCAGUGUGACAGGGUCGAGGUCUGCUGGUUCAGUGUGACAGGGUCGAGGUCUGCUGGUUCAGUGUGACAGGGUCGAGGUCUGCUGGUUCAGUGUGACAGGGUCGAGGUCUGCUGGUUCAGUGUGACAGGGUCGAGGUCUGCUGGUUCAGUGUGACAGGGUCGAGGUCUGCUGGUUCAGUGUGACAGGGUCGAGGUCUGCUGGUUCAGUGUGACAGGGUCGAGGUCUGCUGGUUCAGUGUGACAGGGUCGAGGUCUGCUGGUUCAGUGUGACAGGGUCGAGGUCUGCUGGUUCAGUGUGACAGGGUCGAGGUCUGCUGGUUCAGUGUGACAGGGUCGAGGUCUGCUGGUUCAGUGUGACAGGGUCGAGGUCUGCUCGUUCAGUGUGACAGGGUCGAGGUCUGCUCGUUCAGUGUGACAGGGUCGAGGUCUGCUCGUUCAGUGUGACAGGGUCGAGGUCUGCUCGUUCAGUGUGACAGGGUCGAGGCCUGCUGGUUCAGUGUGACAGGGUCGAGGUCUGCUCGUUCAGUGUGACAGGGUCGAGGCCUGCUCGUUCAGUGUGACAGGGUCGAGGCCUGCUCGUUCAGUCUGACAGGGUCGAGGCCUGCUGGUUCAGUGUGACAGGGUCGAGGCCUGCUGGUUCAGUGUGACAGGGUCGAGGCCUGCUGGUUCAGUGUGACAGGGUCGAGGUCUGCUGGUUCAGUGUGACAGGGUCGAGGCCUGCUGGUUCAGUACCACUACGUCUUGGCUCGUUCAGUGUGACAGGGUCGAGGUCUGCUGGUUCAGUACCACUAUGUCUUGGUUCGUUCAGUGUGACAGGGUCGAGGUCUGCUGGUUCAGUACCACUAUGUCUUGGUUCGUUCAGUGUGACAGGGUCGAGGUCUGCUGGUUCAGUACCACUAUGUCUUGGUUCGUUCAGUGUGACAGGGUCGAGGCCUGCUGGUUCAGUACCACUAUGUCUUGGUUCGUUCAGUGUGACAGGGUCGAGGUCUGCUGGUUCAGUACCACUAUGUCUUGGUUCGUUCAGUGUGACAGGGUCGAGGUCUGCUGGUUCAGUACCACUAUGUCUUGGUUCGUUCAGUGUGACAGGGUCGAGGUCUGCUGGUUCAGUACCACUAUGUCUUGGUUCGUUCAGUGUGACAGGGUCGAGGUCUGCUGGUUCAGUACCACUAUGUCUUGGUUCGUUCAGUGUGACAGGGUCGAGGUCUGCUGGUUCAGUACCACUAUGUCUUGGUUCGUUCAGUGUGACAGGGUCGAGGCCUGCUGGUUCAGUACCACUAUGUCUUGGUUCGUUCAGUGUGACAGGGUCGAGGUCUGCUGGUUCAGUACCACUAUGUCUUGGUUCGUUCAGUGUGACAGGGUCGAGGUCUGCUGGUUCAGUACCACUAUGUCUUGGUUCGUUCAGUGUGACAGGGUCGAGGUCUGCUGGUUCAGUACCACUAUGUCUUGGUUCGUUCAGUGUGACAGGGUCGAGGUCUGCUGGUUCAGUACCACUAUGUCUUGGUUCGUUCAGUGUGACAGGGUCGAGGUCUGCUGGUUCAGUACCACUAUGUCUUGGUUCGUUCAGUGUGACAGGGUCGAGGUCUGCUGGUUCAGUACCACUAUGUCUUGGUUCGUUCAGUGUGACAGGGUCGAGGUCUGCUGGUUCAGUACCACUAUGUCUUGGUUCGUUCAGUGUGACAGGGUCGAGGUCUGCUGGUUCAGUACCACUAUGUCUUGGUUCGUUCAGUGUGACAGGGUCGAGGUCUGCUGGUUCAGUACCACUAUGUCUUGGUUCGUUCAGUGUGACAGGGUCGAGGUCUGCUGGUUCAGUACCACUAUGUCUUGGUUCGUUCAGUGUGACAGGGUCGAGGCCUGCUGGUUCAGUACCACUAUGUCUUGGUUCGUUCAGUGUGACAGGGUCGAGGCCUGCUGGUUCAGUACCACUAUGUGCAGUUGUAGGCUCCGACAAAGUUCUGUCAGUGUCAGAUGUUUUGGGCCUUUAUCAUGUAGUAUGGCUUGUGUUAAGAGACGGUGCCGGUGAUUGAUAAAGGUUAAAUAAAAUAUAUAUAUAUAUUAUAUACGUUUUUUUGACCUAGAUGCAUACUUUCAGUUUUUCCGAAGUCAUUUCAUUCACUCAUAAGCAUAGAGUGAGGCUAGCACUGCUGGUGCUGAUACAGGUGCAGAUCAAACACACCACUGUGGUUAAUGUAGCCCAGGUCUGCUGGUGCUGAUACAGGUGCAGAUCAAACACACCACUGUGGUUAAUGUAGUCCAGGUCUGCUGGUGCUGAUACAGGUGCAGAUCAAACACACCACUGUGGUUAAUGUAGUCCAGGUCUGCUGGUGCUGAUACAGGUGCAGAUCAAACACACCACUGUGGUUAAUGUAGCCCAGGUCUGCUGGUGCAGAUCAAACACACCACUGUGGUUAAUGUAGUCCAGGUCUGCUGAUGCAGAUCAAACACACCACUGUGGUUAAUGUAGCCCAGGUCUGCUGGUGCUGAUACAGGUGCAGAUCAAACACACCACUGUGGUUAAUGUAGUCCAGGUCUGCUGGUGCUGAUACAGGUGCAGAUCAAACACACCACUGUGGUUAAUGUAGCCCAGGUCUGCUGGUGCUGAUACAGGUGCAGAUCAAACACACCACUGUGGUUAAUGUAGCCCAGGUCUGCUGGUGCAGAUCAAACACACCACUGUGGUUAAUGUAACCCAGGUCUGCUGGUGCUGAUACAGGUGCAGAUCAAACACACCACUGUGGUUAAUGUAGCCCAGGUCUGCUGGUGCAGAUCAAACACACCACUGUGGUUAAUGUAGUCCAGGUCUGCUGGUGCUGAUACAGGUGCAGAUCAAACACACCACUGUGGUUAAUGUAACCCAGGUCUGCUGGUGCUGAUACAGGUGCAGAUCAAACACACCACUGUGGUUAAUGUAGCCCAGGUCUGCUGGUGCUGAUACAGGUGCAGAUCAAACACACCACUGUGGUUAAUGUAGUCCAGGUCUGCUGGUGCUGAUACAGGUGCAGAUCAAACACACCACUGUGGUUAAUGUAGUCCAGGUCUGCUGGUGCAGAUCAAACACACCACUGUGGUUAAUGUAGCCCAGGUCUGCUGAUGCUGAUACAGGUGCAGAUCAAACACACCACUGUGGUUAAUGUAGUCCAGGUCUGCUGAUACAGGUGCAGAUCAAACACACCACUGUGGUUAAUGUAGUCCAGGUCUGCUGAUGUCGCCUCUCAAGCCAAUCUCAGAAUGUGACGACAGAAGCAAAUGGUACAAUCUGACCAGGUUGACAUUUAACAUUUGAAUUCGUUAACAUCGCACAGUGUGACGUGAUAAUUGUAAAAGACUGAAUCCAACGUAAAGUCUGCAAAGGUCUUGUUGCUGAACACUUCUCCAUACAGCCAUGUUGUCAGUUUCAACAUCGUCAUUGAAGCUAAUAUGGGGAAUUUUCAGUUCAUUAAAUUACUUUUCAGACUCCUCAUAUCCUUCCUUUAUUGACUGAACAUUGUGCCAGAUGGCAUCUUCCCCCCAACCCUGAAACAACGAUGUCAAACUGAUCCAGCUGAGGGUCAAGUGUCUCUGGGUAGGACAGUUUCAGCAUCCCAACCAUCACUGGAAUGGAACACUGGAAUGGAACACUGGAAUGGAACACUGGAAUGCAGUGGUUUAGAGGACAGGUGUUGGUAUCAUGUUGUUAUCUCAAGGACAGGGUCAGCUGUUCUGACUACCGCAGUGUCCCGCUGGCUUACAGAGAGCUGGAGAAGAGAGAUGGGCCUCCACUACUGCUCUCUGUUCCUAUCGGAGGGUGUUGAAGUCAUCAAGAGGUGGGCUGAGAGAUUAGGGAGGGUCGUACCACCUCAAAAAGCACAAGGGAGAGGAUUUCAACAACCCUCAUCUCAGAUUGUUCUGAAAUCUGUUAGAAACAGAUAAGACUAGCAUUCCAGCAACAUUACAUUAUUGAAAUAUCAUUUGAUCUCUGAGAAAUUAAGCUAAUUGAUUGCAUCCAAAUUGGUCAUUUUUUAAAUGUAGUACCUAACAUCCGAUUUGGACCAUACGCGAUAGCAAGGUGGAGUACAUUCUGAGUAAGAGUGCGAGAGCAAGGUGCUGCCUUAGAGAUAGCGAGGUGCUGCCUUAGAGAGAGAGCGCGAGAGCAAGGUGCUGCCUUAGAGAGAGAGAGAGAGAGAGAGAGAGCGAGUU